AGCGCGUCCCCGACCCUCGCUCCUCCUGCUGCCCCGACGCGCGCUCGCUUGCCUCCUUCCCGCCGCCGCCGGGGCCAUGGCGACCUGCUCUUGGCUGCGGAGCUGCGGCGCCCCGCGCUACCCUCUGGUGCGUCCCCGCCGCCGUCUCCUCCCGCGGCCGGGCUGCUGGGCGUCUGGACGGGCCCCGCUCCGCACCUACGCCCCGGGCCCAGGCGGCCUGCCCGCGGCGCUGCUGCGCAAGGACAGCUUCGUGGGCGGCCGCUGGCUCCCGGCUGCCACCGCCUUCCCGGUGCUGGACCCGGCCAGCGGCGCCGAGCUGGGCUGUGUGGCUGACUGCGGGGCAACAGAGGCCCGCGGCGCCGUGGACACCGCCUACAAGGCUUUCUGCAGCUGGAGGGGCGUCUCCGCCAAGGAAAGGAGUUCAUUACUUCGGAAAUGGUAUGAUCUAAUGAUUCAAAAUAAGGAUGACCUUGCCAAGAUAAUUACAGCUGAAAGUGGAAAGCCGCUGAAGGAAGCACAGGGAGAAAUUCUGUAUUCCGCCUUUUUCCUGGAGUGGUUUUCAGAGGAAGCCCGCCGCGUUUAUGGAGACGUUAUCUGUACCCCCACAAAGGAAAAGCGGGCCCUGGUCCUCAAGCAGCCUGUUGGUGUGGCCGCUGUCAUCACCCCGUGGAAUUUCCCCAGCGCCAUGAUCACCCGCAAGGUCGGAGCUGCCUUGGCUGCUGGCUGCACCGUUGUGGUGAAACCUGCUGAAGACACACCCUUCUCAGCCCUGGCCCUGGCCGAGCUCGCAAACCAGGCUGGAAUUCCUCCAGGGGUGUACAACGUCAUUCCCUGCUCCCAGAGAAAGGCCAAGGAUGUAGGGGAGGCACUUUGCACUCAUCCUCUUGUGUCCAAAAUUUCCUUCACUGGCUCAACAGCUACUGGAAAGAUACUGUUGCACCAUGCAGCCAACUCUGUGAAAAGAGUCUCCAUGGAGCUGGGUGGCCAUGCCCCAUUCAUUGUAUUCGAUAGUGCCAACGUAGACCAGGCUGUGGCAGGGGCCAUGGCAUCUAAAUUUAGGAACUCUGGACAGACUUGUGUUUGCUCAAACCGUUUCUUGGUGCAAAGGAGUAUCCAUGAUUCCUUUGUGAAAAAAUUUGCUGAGGCAAUUAAAACAAACCUGCAUGUGGGUAACGGAUUUGAGGAGAGAACUACUCAAGGCCCAUUAAUUAAUGAAAAAGCAGUAGAAAAGGUUGAGAAACACGUGAGUGACGCACUUUCCAAAGGGGCCACUGUUGUGACAGGCGGGAAGCGGCAUCAACUUGGAAAAAAUUUCUUUGAGCCUACCCUGCUCAGCAAUGUCACCCAGAACAUGCUCUGCUCUCAUGAGGAGACUUUUGGGCCUCUGGCACCAGUCAUCAAGUUCGACACAGAGGAGGAGGCUGUGGCGAUGGCUAAUGCAGCCGAUGUUGGGUUAGCAGGUUAUUUUUACUCUCAAGACCCGGCCCAGAUCUGGCGGGUGGCGGAACAGCUGGAAGUCGGCAUGGUGGGCGUAAACGAAGGGCUCAUCUCCUCCGUGGAGUGCCCCUUCGGCGGGAUGAAGCAGUCUGGCCUUGGGCGAGAGGGCUCCAAGUAUGGCAUUGAUGAGUAUCUGGAGCUCAAGUAUGUGUGUUUUGGAGGCUUAUAGGAUUCUUAGUUCUUUAAAAAAUAAAAAGGAGGUUUUCUGCAUAUAUAAGGAUAUGCCAUCCAUUAUUUUAAAUAAACCUGUAGGGUAUGUGAAUUAUUAAUUUUUUAAAGCUCGCCCAAGUCCUCCUAAUCUUAAGCAGAUGUGACUCCUGCCCCUCCUCUUACCUAACUAGGGACCAGUAGAUUCCAUGCGUGUGUGGCUGCAGACUCCCCAAGAACCAGCAGCACAACACCACCGACUGACUCAGAGCAAAGUGCAGCAGGGAGCAGGCUGGCCCCUGCAGCCCUGUGACAAAGGCCGAUGACUGUCUGGGCACGGACCUCAUCAUCUCUCAUGCGGCUCCAGAGCUGAGACCCAGAGGAGAGGAGACAUGCACUGAGGAGCCCCUGAGUAUGACCGACAGGCUGGUCAGAGGGCCCAGCACUGAAGACACUUGCUGUGUAUUCGGAGGUCACUAGAGGGGCUGAAUCGAUCAUUUUUUGAGACUUCUGAAAUAGCAUAGAAUCGCCUGUGCUCUGUGAGGAAUGAAGGAGCACCUCUCCCUUACUCUGGACCAGUUUUAAAAACGAAGUCUUCGUCGUCCUGAAUUUACUGCUUAAAAAUCAUAUCUCCUUUUCUGUUUUUCAUUUUGCUUUCCUUUGGGAAACAAGCCUAAGUGUAAAGCUCACAGCAGAGCAGUUUGGUAGAGCAAAAGGCGCACGCGAGGUAGCUUGGCCUGGCUUCUUCACCGAGCAGUAGCUCUGUCUCAUGGAAAUACCAGUCCCCACCCCCGUCCCCCAUGUAGAAUGGAGGUUCUGUAUAUGCCUUACUUAGCUCCGUGGGAUAUUGUGAGUCUAAGAGAAAGCAAAAGUGUUUGCAGAAAAUGAAAAUCUGGUGGUAGUACAGAGGCUAUGAAUACUAUUAUUAUUAUUAUGAGCAGCAUAGUCCCCAUUGGGCAUCCAGCAGGGCUUUGCCAAGAUGGAGGAGGGGGCGGUGCCAACCAUCUGCCCAGCAGAGCCUGAGUAGAGGUUGUCACCUGUGGCCUGCUCGCUCUGUCCUCAGGAGGUGCUGCUCCUUCACCUCCAAAAGAGCCAAAGCACUUUCAUCGCAGUCAUCUCAAAAGGAAGGAGAUUUCCAUAACUGCCAAUCUACCUUAUGGGAGAGGCGUGAGGCCUUGAAUUUCAAGGACCUUUUAUCCAAUAACAGUUUCCACAGUUCAUCAUUUGAAAAUAAAACAAAAACCCUAUGACCAGUGUUUCCUGUCACUCUGAAAAAAAACUCUGAUUAAGAAAAUUCUAGGCCUAUCUGGAUAUGUCUGCCAUCUGCCCUGAUAUACUGAGGAAAAGGAAUCAAGGCUGUUCCUGGCUAAAUAGACAAGCGAAGCUCCUUCCUUUACCACUCUCUGUGCAGAAACCACUGACAGGCCGUGGGUAUUCUAGGUAGUAGAAGGAAAGCAUUAAUGAAAUCGGUGCUGGAGGCAACUGCUCCUGAACCCACCCAGCACUUAGCGUUCCUCACUGAGCCAGGGGUACGGGCCAGUGCACGGAGGAACCGCGGCCAGGCCUGGAGCUCCCUAUGUUUAGCCUGGAUCAUACCAGCCAUGUCCCUGGGGCCCAAAAAAGGAAAGCACUGAAACCCACCGCCUCAUGACAUACAUUGCCCAGGCCCUGCUUGUUAAGAAACACACACAGCAUAUUAGUGGUUAAUUCCUACUUUUUAAGAUGUUUUAUAACAUUCUAAUUAUGUAAUAUUUGGGUGUGUCCAUCUGUUUUCUAUCAAUAAAAAUGCCCUAAUGUUAUUUUUUAGAAGUCUGGAAUACUGAUGCUUAGAUGUGUUGAUGGAAUAUAUUCAAAUCAAUUGGUAACUUUGUCAGCCAGUGGAUUUCUUGGCUAGGUGGCAGAUUUUGAGUUUUCUUAUAUGUUUGGCUCAUCAAGUAUAUAAAUCAAGGCCAGAGACUCACUACGGUAUCGUUGAUUAAUUUUGUAAAUAAAAUAAUUGGAAAAGGAAGUAGCUACUUAGUAAAAUUGUUCUGGAUUGUAGGAAGAAAGAGAAGUAUUUUUAAAUGAACAUUUUUUUUUUUUUGGUUAUUUUUCAAUAAGGUGAUAGAUGGAACUUUUAAAAAUAUGUAGCCCCGGGGUUGGCAAAUCUGGCCUGCUACCUGUUUUUGUACAACCCAGAGUGAAGAAUGGUUUUUAUGUUGCAAAUGGGAAAAAGCAAAACAGUAUUUCAUGGCACAGGAAAAUUAUAUGAAAUUCAAAUUUCAGUGUCCAUAAAUAAAAUGUCAUUGGAACACAGUCACACCCUUUCACUUACCAGAUGGUCUAUGGCUACUUUCUUGGCUGACUGUGCACCUGCCACAAAGACAGUAUGACCUGCAAAGCCCAAAAUAUUUACCCUCUGCCUCUUUACAGAAAAAGUUUCCCAAUCCCUAAUCUAGACCAAGAGAGAAAUACUGAACUUCUCCACAUUUAUCAGGCAUGAUUUCAUUUUGUUGAACAUUUACUGUGUAAAAAGUACUUUCUGGACAUGACUCCAGUGAAUUCUCACCAAGAACUUCCCGGCAAGUAUCAAAUGAGUCAGAUGAAAUUACCCCGCAAAUGGGGAUCUGUUGGCCUUGAGAAAGCACUUCUCAGUGUGCUUUCCCAGCUGUGUACGGACGCUCACUUAAAGAGCUCAUCUGCAUCUAUUAUCUCUCUCCCUCUGAGUGGCUUUUAACACAAUUUUAUGUCAAGUGGUUUCUUCUUUCCAUGAUUGCCUUUAUUCUUAUAGAAAGACUCAGUGGAAAUAAAGAUCAGAAGCACAAUGCCAAUAAAUCUAUUUUACUGUCAACUUACUAACUUUAAAUGGUGGCAUAUGACUAUCUUCUCUGAAGGAUGGAGCCCAGGGUUUUCAAUGUUCUUCUGCAACUAUUUUAAAUAGCACUUUACUUGAAUAAUAUGUCUGCUCUGUUUUUUGCAUGCUAUGUUUUGUGGUAUAAAACUUGGGAAUACGUGUAGUGGGAAGUGUGGAAACAUUGUUUUUUAAACAUGCGCAUAACUCAUUUUUCUAGGUUUUGAUAAUUGUGUACGUGUAUUAAUGUCGGCAGAGUGGUGUGUGUAAUUAAUAAAUGUUGAAUUAACAGAA